CUUCCCGUAUGAUAAAGACGUUUUGGGUGGGAAGAGUUAAAGGGGAUCCUUCAACCUGCCUCAAGCUCCACUCCUUCCAUUGCCUCGUCAUCAUUCGCUUUUUAGGAAUUAACUUUUUUCAAAGGAGCUAUUUCACAAACGGCAUAUUAUAGCUUUGCUCGUGCUAUUAUUGGGUGUAAGGAAGAAUAUUGUAUUCAGAACUAGAGGAAGAUUGGUUCGAGAUGGAUGCCAGCUUCUUAUUUUUGUUGCUCAUCCUGGCAGGAGCCGUCAGCGCCACGGAUGACGACUGCAAGUUUCGACAGUUUCCUGACACGAGUUCGUUCGUCUGUGAGUGUUCCUCCUCGCAUUGUGACGUUAUCGAGGAGUACUCCCUCAGCGAUGAAAACUUUGUAGUUUAUACUUCUGGAAAGAGAGGGUUUAGAUUGGAUAAAGAGGAGAUGCCAAUCAGAAAUCGACCAACUCCUAUUGUCCCAGAUACAAGCAUCACCAUCAGAAUUGAUCGAUCUGAGGAGUAUCAAACUAUCCUUGGUUUUGGCGGGUCUUUCACGGAUGCAGCAGCUCUCAAUCUCUACAACUUGACAUCUGAUGUGCAGGAGAAACUGCUGAGGGCGUACUUCUCUACAGAUGGCAUUGAAUAUUCAUUUGGUCGUGUACCGAUCGCGAGUUGUGAUUUUUCGACCAGGGCAUACUCGUACGCCGAAACACCGGAUGACUUCUACCUAGAAGAUUUCCAACUCGCCUUUGAAGACAUUGACUACAAGAUCCCGAUGAUCAAGCGGGCCUCAGCCAUGAGUUCUAGACCCAUCAAGUUGUUAGGUAGUGCCUGGUCUGCCCCUGGGUGGAUGAAGACCAGCGGUGCUAUGCAAGGAGGUGGUCCACUCAGAGGGAUGCCGGGAGGGUACUAUUACAAAACAUGGGCUCUCUACCUUGCCAAGUUUGUGGAAGCGUACAGCGGAUACGACAUACCUUUCUGGGGUCUGACUGGGGGCAAUGAACCUUCUGCAGGCGCCUUUCCUAACUGGGCGUGGCAGGCCAUGUUCUUCAGUCCUAGCCUACAGAGGGACUUCAUCAAGCUGGACCUUGGUCCGAUCUUACAUGAACGAGGUCACAAAGAGCUUCAGAUCACCAUCCUAGACGACCAGAGGUUUCUGCUUCCGCGCUGGGCUGAAGUGGUCCUGGAAGACCCUAUCGCCUCACAGUUCGUAACAGGGAUCGGAAUUCACUGGUACUGGGACGACUUCGUAGAUCCGAGUCGUCUGAACGCUACUCACCAUGCCUAUCCGGACUACUUCAUGCUAGGAACAGAGGCUUGUGAGGGCCACUUGGAUCGCGAGGAAGAAGUCAUUCUAGGAAGCUGGGAACGGGGUGAAGCAUACAGCUUUAACAUCAUUGAGGACUUGGGUAACUGGGUAGCAGGUUGGAUUGACUGGAAUCUGGCUCUAAACAUGAUCGGUGGACCAAACUGGGUGGGGAACUUCGUCGAUAGUCCUAUCAUUGUCAACGCCGAAGAAGACGUGUUCUACAAGCAACCGAUGUACUACCACCUUGGACACUUCAGUAAGUUCAUCACACCUGGAUCAGUGAGGGUGGGGUCAUCUAGUGAUCGUGAGAGGUUGGUUGAGCAUCUAGCAUUCAAGCUCCCGGAUGGUGACAUGGCACUUGUCGUCUUAAACAGGAAAGAGUUCACGUUCCCUCUGCACAUCUAUGACCCGGAUGUCGGUUACCUGAACGCUGAGAUUCCAUCUCGCUCCAUUCAAACAUAUCUAUGGAAAUCACCAUCUAAUCUGUAAAUCAUAGGAAUAAAAAAGUGAUUCUGUCUCUAAAACUUUGGAACAAAACAUCACAAACUAACUUGAUGUUUCCUAAUAAAACAGAUUAGAAAUGGAACUAACACUCCUAUGAGACAAAUGAAGAUAAUAAUACGAAAUAAGAUCCAUCGUGAUUAGUUAUUUAGAUCAAAUGUUUUCGAUUUGAACAUCAUUCAAUCUUCCUCGAUGUUUUAGAAAAUAAAAUGCAAUCUUUUAGAUCUUGAUAUGGGAAAUACAUAUCUUAAAAGCGCAAAUACUCGAUGUGUUAUGACUUUGCACUACAGUUUGCCCUUUUGCCUCGCAGCCCACUCCAAAGGACGAAAAUAUAGUUUGAAUAAAAUUAUUUCUUAAUUUUCAUUGAAAGGAUAAAGCUUCGUGUUUCUCUCUUUUGAGUAUUUUCUGUCAAAUGUAUCUGGGUUCUAAAACAAUAAUCAUAUGCAUUAAAACUAAACAUUACAAAAGUAGAAGUCGGCUGGUUCACUUUAUUGUGUCUAUCUCUGAAAGCAUUACGCCAAAAUGCAAAAGUGUUACAAACGUUUUUUUUUGGAGGUUUUAUUAGAGUACAUCUGGAAUCAAUAUUUGUUUAUGAAAAGUAUCAUUGACAAAUUCAAGUCAUUCAAUGAUGAGCUAUGGCGAUACAUUAUUACAAAUGUUGUAUUCAUUGGUAAUUUUGCAGACACUUUUGAAACAUAAGUAAUGAUGCAUUAUGGCGGUAGGACUGAGAAACCGACCACCUGUAUUUACUUUACUUUACUGGUUAUCUUCUCUAAUUAAAUCAUGUGAUAAAUAACGAAUGCGUAAAGGUAUUGACUUAUAGGCCUAAGAUUUUAAAGUAUGACGCAAAAUAUAAGGCAGACCUUGCUUAUAUAAUACCAAAUUCUGUAUACAACAGAGCUCUGUAUAAAGAUCCUGAGUGUGUUUCUACAUCGCGUGGCCAUCAUUAUGAAAGAUUAUAUAUCACGUAAUCUCUAGUUACACCUAAUUAUCAAAGUGCAA